AUGAUUGAAGGGUUUACGUAUCGGGUGGUUUCCAAGACAUUACUGGGGGGCUUCAAAUUAUUUAUAUCCAGCGAUAUGUCCGAUUCGUCCCUGGUAGAACCUUAUGCCACCUCUAGAUGGUCUCACCGAUAUGUCCGGCGUGGUUUGCUUAUGAACUAUGCAGCAUAUAGGUUCACUAACCACCGAUAUGUCCGUCUUUCCUAG